AUGGCUAGGCCCGUCACACAGAUAUCCACCGAGGAGAUUGGAGGGCCUGGGCUUUCGCCACCCGCACCAGUGCCUAGGCAGACGGAGUCUCAGGCUUUAGGCACCCAUAAUCUAAAGAAGGGGGUGAAACGACGAUCGGACCAAGACCUGUCCAAGAAUGUCCUGGGCGACCAUGGGCGAGACAACCGCCGAGGUGAGGUUCUGGUGGGGCAUUCCGCGGCCAUCCAGAGAGGCUGUCCUUGGGACACAUUGAAAGAUCUAUUUACCUGCGAUCUUGCAGGCCCCGUAUCUCUUGCCGUCCACAAAGAGGUCCCUCGCAAGGUGAUCGCUGUCCGUUCUUUCUCCAGGGACAAAGCAGACACAUGGCUGCAAGUCCUCCGGAAGACCAAACAUCCCAAUGUCACCUCUGCAAGGGAGAUUUUCAAAGAUCAUGGGAUGACCUACUUCAUUGUCGAUGACCUCCCUCUGACUUUGAAGCAUGUAGUCGCCUGUGAUAUUUUCCCGUCUGAGCUUCAGCUGGCUUCUAUCCUCGUACAGGUUCUUGAUGGAUUAUCACAUUUACUGGAGAGCGGGUUUGAACAUGAAUCCUUGACGUGUUCCAAUAUUCUCCUAGGGCAAGACGGGAUCAUUCAAAUUGCGGCGUUGGAGCACUGCUUUGAACGCCAGCCGAAUCAAUCCCAAGCAAAGCUUCUCCGCGCUUUGACCAACAUCACCACGCUUCUCAUGCAGAAGUAUUUGAAGCCGGAUGGUGUGAUUGGGAUCGACAGUACACGAUGGCAGUCAGACCCGCUAGGAUUUCUGUCCGCUACUGCGUCCGUCGCGACAAUCCAAGAAUUGAGAAAGGUCCGUUACCCUACUGAGAUCAGAGCUCUUGAGUAA